UUUGGAUAAGUAGAAAAGCAAUUACCGAUUGGACGCGACUGCACUGGCCUAAAAGGAAUCCGACUACAUUACAUCUCCUGCUCAAAAAUUACAGGUAUGAAUGUGUUAGUGCAGUACAACGCUGUUUGUUAGCUCGGGGUCUCAAAUUUUUCUACUCCAACUCUUCCUAUUCGAGAAAAGAAUCGACUUUUGGUUGAUAAAAGCAAGCAGGCCAUACUCGCUGUAUGUUAUCUAUUCUGUCUCCUUCUAGAUACAAUCUAUAUAUUGAACGUGUAAUAUCAGAUGCCACUCUUGUUUUUUCACAUUUCUCUAUCCUCUUUAUCAUCAGUAGCACUUGGGUAGCACUCCAUUCUCUUAUUUAUGCUCAUCCCGGAAAUUUCAAGUGUUAGGGAAACCUAGCUUUUCUGAAUUCUUCUCCUUUGUCAAUGCUUGGGAUUAAAAGGUGAAAUCUUUCUUUGUUUUUGGUCUGAAAGAGAUUAGGAUUCUGUGGGUCUAUAAUUGUGCUAGGCCAAUGGCAAGUUUGGUGCAUUCAGUAUCUCCUUUAACAAACCCAUUUACAGAGGCAGCAAGGAUUGCUUGUGGUUUCUUUUCCCAUAUACCAAAUCUUCAUUCUUUCUCGCUCAAUAAGGAUUUCACUAGAGUUUUGGCUUCUACCCAGAUCACAAUUUCUCCCAAGGAUUCUGUUAUUACAUUACCUAAUUGGAGGUCUGGUAAGAAUGACCAGAGAAAUAGGGAUAUGAGGAUCAGUGAUGCAUUUUUCCAUCUAGAGCAUAUUGUAAAAAAUGGUCACAAGCCUGAUGUUGUUCAGGCAACUCAGCUAUUGUAUGAUUUGUGCAAAUCGAAUAAGAUGAAGAAAGCAAUAAGAGUGAUGGAAAUGAUGAUUAGUUGUGGUAUUAUUCCUGAUGCUGCUUCAUAUACUUUUUUGGUGAACCAUUUGUGCAAGAGAGGGAAUGUGGGGUAUGCUAUGCAGUUAGUGGAAAAAAUGGAAGAUUCUGGCUAUCCAGCCAACACUGUUACCUAUAAUACCCUGGUCAAAGGCCUCUGCAUGCAUGGAAACUUGAAUAAAAGCUUACAGUUUCUGGACAGGUUGAUGCAGAAGGGACUGGUCCCGAAUGCAUUUACUUAUUCAUCUUUGCUUGAAGCAGCUUAUAAGGAGAGGGGAGUCAAUGAAGCAAUGAGGCUUCUAGAUGAGAUAAUUGCAAAGGGUGGACAGCCUAACUUGGUUAGUUACAAUGUUCUGUUAACUGGACUGUGCAAAGAAGGAAGGAUUGAAGAGGCGAUUCGACUCUUUAAGAAUUUGCCUUCAAAGGGCUUCAGUCCAAAUGUGGUAAGCUAUAAUAUUCUGCUAAGGAGCCUAUGCUAUGAAGGGCGAUGGGAGGAAGCAAAUGAGCUUCUAGCUGAGAUGAAUGGUAGGGAGCGCUCCCCAUCCAUCGUUACCUAUAAUAUACUAAUCGGUUCACUGGCUUUCCAUGGAAAGAUAGAGCAAGCUCUUCAGGUUAUUGAUGAAAUGAUGAUGGGACCAUUUAAGCCUACUGCUACGAGCUACAACCCUAUAAUUGCUCGGCUUUGCAAAGAGGGGAAGGUGGAAGCUGUAGUUAAUUGUCUAGACCAAAUGAUUUUUGGUCGCUGUAGUCCCAAUGAGGGAACAUUCAAUGCCAUCGCAGUGCUGUGCUAUGAGGGUAAGGUACAAGAAGCAUUCUCCUUAAUUCAAAGCUUGGGAAAUAAGCAAAAUUCCUCCAUCCAUGACUAUUACAAAGGUGUGGUCUCAUGCUUGUGUAAAAAAGGGAACACAUAUCCAGCAUUUCUACUGUUGUAUGAGAUGACGAAGUAUGGAUUUACUCCUGAUUCUUACACAUAUUCAUCUCUGAUUAGAGGGUUGUGUAUUGAGGGCAUGCUGUAUGAGGCAGCGGAGAUUUUCAAGUUAUUGGAAGAAGAUCAUUAUAGGCCUGAUAUUGACAAUUUCAAUGCUCUAAUACUAGGAUUUUGCAAAUCUCACAGAACGGAUUUAUCGUUGGAGGUUUUCGAAAUGAUGAUUGAGAAGGGGUACACGCCUAGCGAGACGACUUAUACUAUUUUAGUAGAAGGCAUAAUUCACGAAGAGGAAAAGGAGUUGGCAGCGGAAGUUCUGCGAGAGUUACAUCUGAGACAAGUCAUGAGUCAGAGUACAGUUGAAAGGCUUAUUAUGCAAUAUGACCUGGAGGGUGCACCAGUUUAAAACAAUGCCAGAGCUCGAAGAGUAAGAAAUACGGAUUGAUAAUCCCAGUGCGAACGCUCUCAAAGAAAAAUUGAAAUUGUCACUCUUCAGAUUGAGAGCCACCCUAACUCAUAAAGUUAUCCAGAGGUCUGAAAGGGGUAGUUUUCUCUAUUUGCCUCACCUGGUUACUGUGCCAAGAUGUGCAUAUAAUUGAUUGUCUAUGCCUUCAGAUGAUAUGUAAUACAUAUUAUUCAUUUUGGUUACGAAGUUUAGCAAUCUCGAAGAUUCUUGAAAAUACUUGUACUAGAGUUUCUUUCUCACAGAAUCCACUUUAUAAAUAAUCCUUGUUCUCCUUUC